ACGUGCGGAACCAAAGAUGCAGACUCGGUUUCUCGUAGGCCGCGAAGAGAGGAACAACCCGGAAAACCUCUUGCGCUGUGGAGGCACGCUUGCAUCCUGGGGUAUGCUUCUGCGAUCGCCAGAGUCGGGGUCUCUUCCCUGAUGGCUCGAGCUGCGGAGAGCAAGAAGAUGAAGACUAAGGCCACCGCGCCAGUGCCCCAACCUGGGCCUAUCAAGAAGCCCCCUAAGAAGAAAGCCAAGAAGUUCAGAAAGCGCAAAGCGCUGGGAGGAAAUGGAACUCCGGGAAGCGGCCCAGCUGCUGUCGCAGGCCGACCGCCAAAGGCCCCAGAAAACUUUUCUCAAAAUUGGAAGGCGCUGCAAGAGCUGCUGAAACAAAAGUCACAGGCCCCAGAAAAACCUCUUGUCUCUCAGAUGGAUGACAAAAUCACCCAGCAGAACAGAAAAAGGACCUCAGAUAAAUCAAAGGGAGACAAGAAGACAGAAAGACAGGACACUGGGGGCUCUGUCACAUCUGCACCUAAGAAGGACAGGAAGACACUAGUGCCUCCCACCUACACCUCUGAAACAGAGCAGGAGAAAGGAGCAAGGAAGAGGACACAUAGUGACAUCCCUUCUCAUCAAGGGGAAACCAAGCAUAAGUUAGGAGCUAAGGAGGCAGCUGUCAUCUUGAGUCAGCCCACGCCCACUGAGAAUGACAUCUGGUUUGAUGAUGUGGAUCCAGAUGAUAUUGAGGCUGCCAUAGGCCCAGAGGCAGCCAUGCUGGUGCGGAAGAGGCUGGGGCAGAGCAAGCGUACCAUCUCCUUGGUGAAGGAACAGGCCUUUGGCGGCCUGACAAAAGCCUUGGCCCUGGAUUGUGAGAUGGUGGGAGUGGGUCCCAAAGGGGACGAGAGCAUCGCAGCCCGUGUGUCCAUCGUGAACCAGUAUGGAAAAUGUGUGUAUGACAAGUACAUCAAGCCAACUGAGCCAGUGACUGACUACAGGACGGCUGUCAGUGGGAUCCGGCCUGAGAACCUGAAGCAGGGAGAAGAGUUUGAAGUUGUGAAGAAGGAAGUGGCAGAAAUGUUGAAGGGCAGAAUCCUGGUGGGGCAUGCGCUACACAAUGAUUUAAAGGUUCUGUUUCUUGACCAUCCAAAAAAGAAAAUCAGGGAUACCCAAAAAUUCAAACCAUUCAGGAGGCGAGUAAAGAGUGGACGACCGUCUCUGAAACGACUUUCUGAGAAAAUUCUGGGGAUCAGGGUCCAGCAGGCAGAGCAUUGUUCAGUCCAGGAUGCACAGACAGCGAUGAGGCUUUACAUCAUGGUGAAGCGGGAAUGGGAGAGCAUUACUGCAGACCGACGAGGCCCAGCCGCCAAUCCACAGCACUGCAGCGAGUACGCUUAGCUCCAUCCUGCUGCCGUUGCCACCACCUCGUCCUUCAGUGACUCCUCAAGCCAGUGGCCGUCCGUGGGAUGGGGUUAUGAGGCCUGUCAAGUCUCUGCACAGCAGGGACUCUGUCUCUAGUGAGCUUUCUUGGAGCCCUGGCUGCAGGCCUGUGGCAUGUGAGCAGCUGGAACUUGCACCUGGACUACCAAGGCCUGGUCCCACACCUGUGUGUUGAGGUAGACUGGUCAGAUACAAGGCAGAAGUCAGAGGAAGGAGACCAUCAUUGGAAUGGAUGAGUGUGCUGCAGAGUCUAUGUCUGCUGACCGCCUGUGCUACCACUUAACAAUGAGCAUAGCUGGUUUCAGCCAGGGCACUCAGCACCUUCCCUUAAGGAGCAAGAAGCGUCUUCUCCUGCAGGUAAGGGGAUAAGCUCUGCUGGAUCUAGACUAAGGGCGUUCAGUCUGCCGCAAACCAAUCUGGUCAGCACUGCAACUGCCCAUUGAGAACUUUCUUAAAGCUACUGGGCUGGAGGUACUUUCUCAUUCCUAUGUCCUUUGCUUGGCCCAGAGUUGAUCUUAGAUGCCAAUGUCCAGUAUGGUGUUCCCCAAACAGUCCUUGUGGUGAGCCUUGGGGCACAGGUACAUCCAGAAACCUCUAAGAUCCUUCCACCUGGAACACUGUAAGCAGAAAGGCCAUCUUCCCACUGUCCUGCCAGCAGCUUUUCUGUUUAGUAACAAGUACAGAGUGACCAGUGAACUUUUUAUGGACAUACCCGACAACUCUCAGAACAGGUGCAUCCAUGCAUGUAAUGACAAAUGUGUGCUUUUAAUGCAGCUGUGGACUGAGGUGUGACUCCGAGAGCACUUGUUCACUAUGUGUAAGACUCUGGGUUCUUUUCCCAGCACUGUCAAAAAUAAAUGGAUGGAUAAAAAUGGA